GUUCCAUGAAUUGACUGUCUAUAACCCUGAACGUACUGUAUGUGUUUAUGGAUCAACCGAACAGUGUUCAAAGGCAGAGGAACAAAUCACCAGUAAACUCAGGAAAGCCUAUGAGAACUUCUUGCAGACUGUCCAACCACAUCAGCCUAACAUGUUCCCAGGACUUAACCAUAUGUCUUCAGGACUUAACCAUAUGGGGUCGUCAAUGUUCCCUAGUCAGGAAUAUUCACCUAACAUGAACCCAUACCAGCCACCAGGGUACAUGAACGGCAAUGGCAGUGGUCCAAUGGGGCCAGGACAUUUGCCUGGAUUGUACUAUCCUACACCCCCAGGAGGUUAUAAUGGUCCACCUAAUGCCAUGCAAAACCCGCAAAACUCAACCUCUGAAACUGUGCAUUUGUACAUCCCAAAAGAGUCUGUGGGUCCAAUCAUUGGUCUCAGCGGUGAGAAUAUCCGUAUUUCAGCCAAAAGAGCAAAUGCUUCCAUUAAGAUCUCAGAGGCAGAGAGUGAAACUGCAACAGAACGUCAAGUGGUGAUUAAGGGUACCCCUGAAUCCCAAUACAAGGCCCAGUAUGACAUCUUUGAAAAGAUUCGCCGGGAGCGGCUCUUCAAGGACAGAGAAUUUUUGCGCUCGGAAAUAUUGGUACCCAAGUCUCUGGUUGGGCGUAUCAUGGAAGAGGCGGUGUAA